AUGUAAUAAAAGAUGAAAGAAGGUGAACUCAAAUUUAUUGAUUUUUUGAUUGAUUACUAGAAAAAUACAGAAUAAAGUGCAUUUCAAAAAAGCAAUUUGAUUAGAGUUUAUGAAAGGUUUGAAUAUUAAUAGUAAUAAGUAUUGAUUAUGGAACUUGGAGGAAAAGAUAUGAAUUCUGUUUUAAAAAAAAGUCAACUAACAUAAUUAUAAAAAGAAUAAAUAUGUUUAUAAGUAAUAAUUUGAUAUUAGAUCUUAGAUUGCUUAAUCAAUUGCAUUUCUUCAUAAAUACCAAAUUAUUCAUAGAGAUAUUAAACCUGAAAACUUUAUAUAAGUAGGUUCCAUUUUCAAAUUAAUAGAUUUUGGUUUAGUAAAACAAAGAGAACAAAAUUUAAGAUAGACAAAAAUGGUAGGAUCCCCACAGUAUUAAGCUCCAGAGAUAAUCAAUGGAUCAGAUGAUUAUACAGCUUCUGUUGACAUUUGGUCUUUAGGAUGUCUAUUUUUUGAAAUAUUCAAAGAAUCACCAUUAUUUAAUGGUAUUCAUUUUAUUCUAUAUUAAGGUUUAUCUAUAAGGGAAGUAUAAUAAUCAAUUUUUAAUUAUUGCAGAAAUUAACAAUAAGUACAAUUUUAAAUUCAAUAAUUACCAAUCAGAGAAGAAUUAAAAAAUUUACUUUCAUUAAUGAUUGAUCCAAUACCUCACAAAAGACCUAAUAUCGAUUAUGUCCAAAAACAAUUCUAACUCAAAUUCUAAUCUAAAAUACAAUACUUCUAGAGAAGUAGUCCCUGUAAAUGA